UCGAGCUCUCCUCUCCGUCGCGCACAAAAAUAGAUGCUGUUACUUUUGUCUAGCGCUUGUGAUGAUGAGGAGCAGAGGGAGUGGCUCGCACGCCUCCAGCACCAGUACCGCGCAAUACUGACACUAUAAAGGGUUAACACUGGAGCUGUUGUCAAGUGCACAGCGAGAUCCAGCGGCUGUUGUGUCGCGAGGAGAGGACACUUGUGGAGCAACUGUCACACGAGCCGUAUCUGGCACGAGGACUUAGAGACAUGGUUCUGCGCGCGAGUUGAUGGAAAAAGUUAGAGUGGAUGUCAGAGGGUUUAGAUCAGACGAGUGGCGGUGUUUGGAGGUGUGACGUGCGACUCAGACUCCAAUUUAUGAGAUGACACCUGAUGAUACAAAUAAAACCAAUAGUUAACAAAAUAUGGAGACAACGGCGCGUGGAGGGUUCGAGCUCUGAUCUGGACACCCCCACGUGGACAAAACUGAGACGCGUGGACAUUGUGGGGUCACCUCUGUACUAACUCUUGUCCCUGGUCCAAAUCCUGGUCCAGAUGAUCAGCUCAGUGUGCGUGUCUUCUUACCGCGGCCGCAAGUCCGGCAACAAACCUCCAUCAAAGUCAUGUCUGAAGGAGGAGAUGAACCGCGGAGAGGACUCGGAUAAAAUCAUCAUCAACGUGGGUGGCACGCGGCACGAGACGUACAAGAGCACGCUCAGGACGCUGCCCGGCACGCGGCUGGCCUGGCUCGCUGACCCUGACCCGGCCAGCACUGACUCGGACCCUGCGCCACCGCCACCUACUAACUCCGAGUUCUUUUUUGACAGACAUCCGGGCAUUUUUGCAUACGUCUUAAACUAUUACCGCACCGGAAAGCUGCACUGUCCCGCAGAUGUGUGCGGUCCACUGUUUGAGGAAGAACUUGCAUUUUGGGGCAUCGACGAGACGGACGUGGAGCCAUGCUGCUGGAUGACGUACCGCCAGCACCGUGACGCAGAGGAGGCGCUGGAGAUGUUCGAACCCCCAGAUCCUGAGGAUUCUGAAGAGGACCGGGAUGGCCCCCGGAGGUUUGGCAUAGAGGACUGUCCAGACCGCUCCAGGGGCUGUGGGCGGCACUGCUGUCACAGCUGGCAGCGUAAAAUGUGGGCCCUGUUUGAUGACCCCUACACAUCCAGGGCUGCAAGGGGUGUGGCUUUGGCCUCGCUCUUCUUCAUCCUGGUUUCCAUCACAACCUUCUGCCUGGAGACUCACGAAGCCUUCAUAGAAAUCAAGGUCUUCACGGAGCAGGAGGUGCGGGACAACGUGACCACGGAGGUGCAGCACCACGAGGUCACCACCAACCCCGCCCUGACCAUAGUGGAGGGUGUGUGCGUGGUGUGGUUCACCUUUGAGUUCCUCGUCCGAAUCAUCUGCUGCCCUAACAAACUGCUCUUUGUCAAAAACACCCUCAACAUAAUCGACUUUGUGGCCAUUUUGCCAUUUUACCUUGAAAUGGUGCUCUCAGGGCUGUCCUCCAAGGCAGCUAACGACAUUUUGGGUUUCCUCAGAGUUGUCAGAUUUGUUCGUAUUUUGCGGAUUUUCAAACUGACGCGGCACUUUGUUGGGCUACGUGUACUCGGACAUACGCUAAGAGCCAGUGUCAAUGAGUUUCUGCUUCUCAUCAUAUUUUUGGCUCUUGGUGUGCUCAUUUUUGCUACUAUGAUCUAUUACGCAGAACGCAUAGGCGCACAUCCAAGUGACCCCACCGCAUCCUUGCACACGAACUUUAAAAACAUCCCCAUCAGCUUCUGGUGGGCUGUGGUUACUAUGACAACACUGGGUUAUGGAGACAUGUACCCGGAGACGUGGCUGGGCAUGAUUGUGGGGUCUCUGUGUGCUGUGGCGGGGGUCCUCACCAUCGCCAUGCCUGUCCCGGUCAUCGUCAACAACUUUGGGAUGUACUACUCACUGGCAAUGGCCAAACAGAAGCUGCCCAAGAAAAAGAAGAAGCACAACCCCAAUCCAGACGCCCCAACGGACUCUGUGUCAUUUGGGAAGUCAGACACAAACUCCCACAGAGACAGCACCCAGAGCGACACGUGUCCUCUGGCAGCAGACGAGAGCAGCCGUACCCGUUCAGACUCCAAACAAAAUGGCGACGCGAACGUGGUCAUUUCGGAGGAGGAGGGGCGCAGCCUGACCCAGCCCCUGUCCCCAAAUGAGAAGUGGUCCCUGCGCUACUCAAGAACCCGGGACAAAAGCAAACUGGAGGGCACCUGCUUCCUGCUCACGUCCGAAAACUCCAGUGUGCGCUCUGAUAGCUGUAAGGAUAUCCUCGGAGCAGGCAGUAACUACUCCCAGUCUGAGAUGACCACUCUCACCUGAUCGUGCGCAGAAGAAGACCCCUCAGAGUGGUACUGUCUAAAAGUGCUCUGUAAACCUGGUUCUCUGAGUCUACUGUAGACCCGUGUCAUUCAGGACUUGUGUCGAGACAAUAAAAGGCAAUCAUUUACAUAGCAGAUUUGUAUGUAUACUCAACUAUAUGUUAUACAUGAUUUGGCAUGUGUUGCAUGACUGACCACUGUAUGUACUUUCUCCAUUCUAACCAAUGUUACCGUGUCUUGAAAUUAAUCUCUUAAAAUGACAAACUGAUUUAUUGAUUUUUUGGUUGACAUUUUCAUUACUGCCUUAUUUUUCUGAAUGUCUUUUAUAAAAUGACAUCUUUGUUCUUAUAUAUUUGUACUGCCAUUAUUACUGUGAACAGGUUUCAAUUGUCUACGAUGGGUCAAGAGGUAGCACCCAAAAAUAGCUAUGUUUUUAAUACAUGUACAAUAAUGAAAACAAGAGGAGGAUACGUGAGCGCUUACAGCAGUAUUGUCAGUUACUGUGUGUUGAGUUGGAGUCGGGACCACUUGUUUUGUAUAUUUCUAUGACCUUUAGUAACACUGCGCAGUCACAUGUGCCUCAUGUUGAGUAAUGAAGUUGUGUAAAGUCAUGUGAUUAGAGCUGUUCCUGUGGAGGCUGGAGAAAAUAAAAUGGUUUAUUUUAUGUGUAUAGAUUAAGGUUCAAAUAUUAGGCCUGCAAAAUUGACAAAAUAUUACAAUAAGGUUAUUUUAUUGUGUACUUUUUAUAUAAUAUGUUCAAUUGGAUAUGUCUUCAUAUCAAAACAUGGGCCAAAACAAGCCUUUAAACUAAGGGUGAGUUCAUUCUUGGGCACUCACAAUAAUAAUGAUAAUAUUAAGACCAAACUGAGACUAAAUCUGGACUAUGAGUUGACUAGACCGGGACUGAACCAGGACUAGAACAGAACUCAACUGGGCUCAAAGCAAAGCCGGACCAAACCAGGAUAAGUGAACGCACCCUUUAAUUUACCUGACACGUUUGUAGAUUUUGCAACAACAACACAAAUGUGAGACAUUGUGUGACCAUAUAAUAUCGUAAUGUUUACCAUAGUGGCCUUAUGUUGAAUUACACAUUUAGUUUAUUUCAGUACCGACCUGUGGGGUUGGUGAUAUUAGUGAGCAUAGCUAUGUAGCACGAUGUAACGUCUCUUUCCUUUCUUUCAUAUUGUACUAACAUGCUUAUGCCCAUAGCCCUUAACCAUUGAUGACAGAUGAUUAUUUUGAUAAGCAACCCUCUCAGUCUCAUUUCCUGCUUCCUCCCUGGUGUAUAGAUGGUAUAUGGACAGUGGCGUCAGGUUUCUGCUCUAUGGAUUUGUGAACAGUGCGGGAGACUGGGAUCCUAUGCAGAAACAAAUAAAAUCUACUUGUGUUUUA